AGAAAAAGGAAGGGCGAAGAGUUAUAUUUCGCUUAGGCAGAAGUAGAAGCGCGACUUAAGGAUAAACACAUGACAUCAUGCAUCAACCUCAAAAGGUCUGCAAAGAAGAAGUGGAAUACUUACACAUGCAACGCCAAAAUCGCGACCACCUGUUCGCGAUUUCCCAGCCAACUACCGAGUACAAACACUGCUACCACCAAUCCUAUGUCCGACGUCAAUAUGGGGGAAGCCCCGGGAACCCACGAGACCACGACCGCUUCCCCCCGGGAGCCCACCACCCCGAAGCGACCGCCCAAACGACCGAGACCAGAGACACCGGGAAAAGCUAUACAGGCUCCUCCUACGCCCAAGAACUGGCAGCUCGACCGGGAUACGCCUCCUGCGUCCCCAUCCUACGAAGCCCCCCAAAGCCAAUUAGGCUUGGAGCUCCAAAGCCACAUCACAGCGGCAGUGGCUUCACGCACAGCACAAUGACUGGGAAGAGAAGAGCCUACAGGGAGCUGCCUCCUUGGGCAAGGAUAUUAGGACCCUGUUCCUCAACUUCAGCAGGAACCUGGCACCGGGUAACCCCACCAAAGAGGAAGAGAGGCACUGACCCUCUCCGUCCACGGGCAAUAGCUAUGCUGAAGCUAACCCUCCCAACUAGAUGAGUGAUGCUGGCAGCAAGAUCAUCUAAUUGGGCAGGGGAUGGGCAUGGGGAAAGGGUGGAAGUUAUCCCAUCCACAUGCCUUGUCUCUCC